AUGAAGCCGAUCCUGCUGCAGGGCCAUGAGCGGUCCAUUACUCAGAUUAAGUACAACCGCGAGGGAGACCUCCUCUUCACGGUGGCCAAGGACCCUAUUGUCAAUGUAUGGUACUCUGUGAAUGGUGAGAGACUGGGCACCUACAUGGGCCAUACCGGAGCUGUGUGGUGUGUGGACGCUGACUGGGACACCAAGCAUGUCCUCACUGGCUCAGCUGACAACAGCUGUCGUCUCUGGGACUGUGAAACAGGGAAGCAGCUGGCCCUACUCAAGACCAAUUCAGCAGUCCGGACCUGUGGCUUUGACUUUGGGGGCAACAUCAUCAUGUUCUCCACAGACAAGCAGAUGGGCUACCAGUGCUUCGUAAGCUUCUUUGACCUGCGGGAUCCAAGCCAGAUCGACAGCAAUGAGCCCUACAUGAGGAUCCCUUGCAACGACUCCAAGAUCACCAGUGCCGUUUGGGGACCUCUGGGAGAGUGCAUCAUUGCAGGCCACGAAGGUGGAGAACUCAACCAGUAUAGUGCCAAGUCUGGGGAGGUACUGGUGAGUGUUAAGGAGCACUCCCGGCAGAUCAAUGACAUCCAGUUAUCCCGGGAUAUGACCAUGUUCGUCACUGCAUCCAAGGACAACACUGCCAAGCUCUUCGACUCCACAACCCUUGAACACCAGAAGACUUUCCGGACAGAACGACCUGUCAACUCAGCUGCCCUGUCUCCCAACUACGACCAUGUGGUGCUGGGCGGUGGUCAGGAAGCCAUGGAUGUAACCACCACCUCCACCAGGAUUGGCAAGUUUGAGGCCAGGUUCUUCCACUUGGCCUUUGAAGAAGAGUUUGGAAGAGUCAAGGGUCACUUCGGACCUAUCAACAGUGUUGCCUUCCAUCCUGAUGGCAAGAGCUACAGCAGUGGCGGUGAAGAUGGUUACGUCCGCAUCCACUACUUCGACCCACAGUACUUUGAAUUUGAAUUUGAAGCUUAA